UUCUCUUCUCAAAAUGUACCUGAGACUUUCAUAUGUGUUUAUAGCCGUUUUAUCGGUUGUUGUGUUCUCAGAUUGUUAUUUCAUAAGAUACAAGAAAGGUUUUGCGAUUUCUUCGGAUCACAGAAUGAACGAAUUGCAGGCGGAAUCCGUCUUGGUAACUCAGCCUUCUUCAGUCGGUUUUGGAGUGUUGAAUGUGACCAAAUUCGGUCGCCGGCGACGAGAGCUGACUGUAGUUCCGACCCAAAGCUUAGAAAGAAACGAUUUUUUAAAGGAGGACAAAGAAAGCCUUUUUCUUCUGCGAUUAAGGAGCCCUCAAAAAUUAAGGUGAGAUAAGUACUGUCCGUACCGAGCUUCGGACGGAUUACCGAUAAAGUAUUUUUUCGAUAGAGAAUGCGGUCGGGGGUUGCACUAAAGUUCCUUCUUUAUAAAAAUAUAAUAAGCAUUGUACUAUUGUUUACAAUUUGUUAACUAUUUUUAUAUAUUUUUUAAA